AUGUCCUUCAAAGUCAACUGGAAAUCACUCGAGACCGACUCGUUGACAUCUUGGACGAAAGAUCUCUUGACUAGUGCAUUGAAUCUGGGGAAAAGUCCUAAUAUUCUUGCCUCAAGUAUCCUGAUUAAGGAUUUGAACUUUGGCAAAAUUGCUCCCAACUUUGAGAUUUUGGAGAUUGGUGAGUUGGGCAGAGACAGAUUCAGAGGCAUUUUCAAGAUUAACUACGAAGGAGACUUCCACUUGACGCUCCAUACAAAUGUUCAGGCAAAUCCGUUGAAUAUCUACUACUCUAAUUCCAUGGAAAAGGAGAUAGAUAGCCAGUUUGUUACACCUAACUUUUUACUUUCAAAUGAGCAGUUUGCUUUGCCUUUGGAUUUGAAACUUAGCGAUAUAAAAAUCAGCGGUAUCGGCAUUAUUGUGUUUUCCAAGCUGAAGGGAUUGACGUUGGUGUUCAGAAAUGAUCCAUUAGAUUCCAUUAAAGUCUCUUCUACAUUUGAUACAGUUCAGGUAUUGGCCAAUUUCCUUCAGAAACAGAUCGAAACCCAGAUCAGAGAUUUGUUCAGAGAAACGUUGCCCACUUUGAUACAUCAAUUUUCGCUCAAGUAUCUCAGUCUCGAUAACAAUUCAGAUGAUUUACAUGCUCAUUUUGCAUCUUCGUCCAGAACUCACUCUUCAGCUUUGGAUCCAGACAACGAGUUCAACAAUUUUACAUAUUCGUCAAAGAAUUUACAGAAGAACUUGCAAUUGUUUAAUACUAGAGAAACAUUGGAUUUGCACAUUCCCAAGUUUAAGGGUAUAAUACAGAGAUCGCAUUUGGAGAAGUUUACCCAGAACUACCCUAGUUUGUUGAACUCAUUGUAUUUGAACUUGCACGAGAUCGAUAUGAAGUCCUACAAUACAUAUAACAACAAUACUGGAUCCAAUGGUAUCCCCAUUGACUUGUUGAUUAACGAUAAGAACUUCAACAGAACCAAUAGAGUCUUGAAAGAGAUAUCGGACAUUCAAUCUAACAGCUUCUACAAACAGAGCAAUAACAAUAAGGACACCACUGUUAAGCCCAAAAGAAGAAGAAUCAAGUAUAGCACCAGAAAGAAGGCAGCUUCGCCUACUUCUACUUUGAUCAACGAUGACUUCCACAUGGCGUCGUUACAUUCUUCAGUAGCUUCCUCAAUGCCUAUGUCAAUGUCGUCUUCUCUUUCCGAUUCUGAAGAAAGACCUCAGUUGUUAGCUCAACCUAGACCUAUGAGAAUAUCACCAGAUUUUUACCAAGCGUUCUUGAAGAGUACUCCUGAACAAUGCUGGUAUCAAUGUAAACGCGUUGGUUUGGGAACAAAUUACUUCAAUUUUGCAACGAGCCAACCAAUUCUGACGUCUCCCAUUAAGAAGGACCCGGCCAGAGAUUUCAUCAAAGAAAAGAAGUCCAUCAACUAUAUUGACAUUAACAAGGUGAACAACAAGUUGAAGGAGUUAAGUAUGGACCGCAGUGGAAAGAGAAAGCAAAGAAACUACGGAUCGGCAACAUACGAAUCCGAGAAUCCAAUCGUUGCCCCUCCCCCACCAUAUUCUCACUGA